CAUCAUCUUACUAUAAACACAGUUAGUUUAACUUAGCUAUAUAAUGUCUAAUGGUGAUGUUAAAAAACUGGUAGUUCUAGCUUACAGUGGAGGUUUAGACACAUCUUGUAUUUUAGUGUGGCUGAAAGAACAAGGCUAUGAUGUUGUUGCAUAUCUGGCUAAUAUUGGUCAAGAUGAAGACUUUGAUGCUAUUAAAUCAAAAGCUUUGAAAUUUGGUGCUUCCAAGAUGAUCAUACCAGAUUUAAAGAAGGAGUUUGUAGAAGAGUUUAUAUGGCCAGCAGUUCAAGCUAAUGCUCAAUAUGAAGAUAGAUAUUUACUUGGUACUGCCCUAGCUAGACCUCUAAUUGCCAAGGAGAUGAUCAAGGUAGCUAAACAAGAAGGAGCUAACUAUGUAGCUCAUGGUGCCACUGGUAAAGGCAAUGAUCAGAUUAGGUUUGAAUUAGGAGCUUAUGGUCUGCAUCCUACUAUACAGGUUAUAACUCCAUGGAGGAUACCAAGACUGCUCGAAAUUUUCUGUCCACAAUUUUGGCAUAACUCUUUUAACAAUACAUUUUUAAAACUAGCAGGCUGUCUAUUAACAAAAUCUAAACCAUGGAGUAUGGAUGCUAAUAUGAUGCACAUUAGCUAUGAAUCUGGAGUAUUAGAGGAUCCUAAUCACCAGUCACCAGAUGACAUCUGUACUAUGAUAGUAUCACCAGAAUUGGCACCAGACUCACCAGAAAUACUGGUAUUAGAAUUUAAACGUGGUGUUCCAGUAAAAGUAACCAACAAAACUGAUGGAACAGAAUUGACCAAACCUCUAGAUCUGUUUUUAUACCUCAAUAAAGUUGGUGGAAGGAAUGGUGUUGGUAAAAUAGAUAUUGUAGAAAAUAGAUUUAUAGGAAUGAAAUCUCGAGGUAUUUAUGAAACACCUGGUGGAACUAUACUUUUGGCAGCUCAUACUGAUAUAGAGGUCUUCACAAUGGAUAGGGAAGUCAGGAAAAUUAAGAGAGAACUAGAUAUUAAAUUUUCAGAGCAAGUUUACAGAGGUUUUUGGUUUAGCCCUGAAUGUGAAUUUACUAGAUUCUGUAUAAAUAAAAGUCAGGAUUCAGUUGAAGGAAAAGUUACUGUUAAGGUUUAUAAAGGCGGUGUUUAUAUACUAUCUAGAGAGUCACCAUUAUCUCUGUAUAAUGAACAGUUAGUCAGUAUGAAUGUUCAAGGUAAUUAUGAACCUACUGAUGCUGAUGGAUUCAUUAAGAUUAAUGCACUGAGGUUAAGAGAAUAUGGUCGACUAAGACAACAACCAACUGGUAAAUAGGAGGCUGAUAUUGUUUGUUAUGGUUUCAUUGGUUAGAUAGAAUUGUUAAUGUUAAUAUGAUGUUGUGUUAUGCUGUUUAAAAGUGCUAUUUAUUGACAUAGUUUGUUUUUUGUUUUUUUUUGUCACAUAAUGAUAUGACAUCCAUAGCCUGCUAUAGCACAUAACAGGAACUGGGUUGGGACAGAUUUGUCAGGCUAGCUUCUGUGUAAUAACAGUUUUACUAAGAGGUAUUGAUCACCUACUUUGCUUUGGGAUGAUGGUCCGUGUUUAUGUCUAGAUGUGCAUGUGUCUAGAUGUGCAUGUGUCUAGAUGUGCAUGUGCAUCUAUCAUUGACUUAAACUGAGAUGUCUGUUAUGUUUUUAAUUAUAAUUCAGUGUAAAAAUUGUAUUUGGCAUUAAUGAAUAAACAUCAUUCCAAAACUCCC